UGGAUAUUCGCCGUACGCCGGGAUGUCCGGGAUACUCUUACUCGCAGGUACCUAGUAAUCCUCGGCUUGAUUUAAUUACACUUUAUCGUUGAGAUUACUCAAAACACCACAUAAAUUUAUUUUGUGUAAAUAUAAUAUAAUAUCUCAACAUUGUUGUUUAUUCCGUAAAACUUUGGGAGAGCCAUGCUUCGACACGAAUGGGUCGGCUCGACCGGAGUGAUACCACGGCCUAACAAAAAAUCUGCGUGAAACAACCACAGCGUUGUGUUUCGCCGUGUGAGUGCGGUUACCGGAGAAGCCCAGACAUUCCCCACCCCCAGUCUUUAAAUCCAAAUCCCUAAAAGGUCGGCAACGCACUCGUAAUUCCUCCGUUGCGGGUGUCCAUGGGCGGCGCUGAUUGCUUACCAUCAGGUAAUCUGUCUGCUCGUUUGCCGACCUUUUACGUAAAAAAACUACUAAUUUAAUUAAAAACUAAAUGCUUGUAGCACAGGCACAGUAACAUUUAUUUCAAUGACAAUCAUUCUAGUAAAUAUUGAGAUAAUAUGUGAGAAAAACUAAAAUAAUACAGUAUGAAAUUUAUUGUUCGGUGCAAUAAGUUUUAUUUGAUUUAUAAAUAUUUAUUUAAACGCGAAUAAUAGACUUUCAAUCUUUUUUAAUUUACUUUUUAGACUGUGUUGCUACAUAUAAAUAUUGUCGCGUUGCUGUCAAGUCUACAAUCUACAUCUGUCUCUGUCUGUUUUCAUGAAAUAAAGCCUUAUUUUGUGGGCUAUUAAUAUAAUAAAAUCAAUAAGACAUGUACAUAGUAAUCAAGUUUAAGUGAUACUAAACAUAAUUGUUCACGUUAAAUGAUGUGAUUAGAAAAAAUGGUGUUGAUAAUUACUCCAUCAAAGUUUGACUGAAAGGCUUCUCAAAUUUUUGUAAACAUUGAGUAAAAAUGGAUAUUCCUGUGCAAAUAGCUGUAAGGCUAAAGCCUCCCAAUUUGGAGGACUCAUCGCAGUGUAUAUUUAGCAAUCCUGUUACACAGAUUGUAAUCACUGAGAGUGGACAAACAUUUCAUGUGAACAGAGCAUUGCCAGUGGACUGCACUCAGGCAAACCUCUUUAACUCGUUUAUGAUACCACAGAUUAACUGCUUCUUAGAUGGUUGCGAUACUUCGGUAGUUGUAUUUGGACAGGCUAACACAGGCAAAACUUACACCUUAUUUGGACCAGGAUUUGAAUGUAUUCACAGUGAAUGUGACCAAGGUAUUGUGCCUCGGUUUUUAUCUGAAAUAUUCCACAAACUCAAUCAGAUGCCAGAAAGAGAAUUCAUAUUACACAUAACAUGGAUGCAAGUUGUUAAUAAUAAUAUAUUUGAUGUACUGGGAGCUGGCUUAGUGAGAUGCUGCAAUGUUGAAGAGGCCUUUCAGUAUUUACAGUUGGGUUGGCGGCAGAGGUGUCAAGGAAACAACCACACUGUGUUUACAGUGAGUGUUGAACAAAAGUGGGUUAGCACAAAUGGUGUAUUGAAUCAUAGAAUGUCUACUGCAAGCUUCUGUGACCUUGCUGCCUACCCAGAACCAGGUAUGUUUGCUUUAGAGAAUAUCAUAAAAGAACUCUUAGCAGGCAACCCGCCAAAACAAAUAAACUAUGAUCAGUGCAUUCUCACAGCAAUGCUCAGAGACUCUUUUGGAGGCAGAGCUUUCACUUGGGUCAUUGGCUGCAUAAGUGCAGAACCAGAAGAUUACCAGGACACACUAAAAACUUUAAAUCUAUGUUUGUGCUGUAGAGGCAUUAAAAACUUUGUUACUGUCAACUUAUUUGCUGAUAACAACACUCCUGUAUACACAGAAAAGUCAGUGCUACCACAUGGAGACAAUAAUUUUAAUUUACAAUUUGCUACAACACAAUGGAUUAAAUUGGUUUCAAAUGCAGAGGGGCUUUUCAACAAAAUUCUUCAGUCAAAAUCAUUGUCUGAAGCUGAUAUUAACCAGGUCAGUGAAUGGUUGUUCUUAAAAGCUGAAUGUGAUGAAUGUUUAAAUGGUGAUGGUGGUGUAGAUAAUAAAGAUGCAAAUAUAAAACAAGGUCUGCCAAGGAUUGCUGAAGACACAGAGCCCAGUGAACCCAGUGAAUCAGAUGUAGACUCCGAUUCAGAGGAAGAUACUCAUUCUGACACAGUAUUCCAGGACAAACUUGAAAAAUUUAUGGAAUAUUUUAGAGAAAAAAAUGACCAACUGUUUGCUGACAGAUGUGAAGAAUAUUUGAAUCACAUUGACUCAGAUGAUAUCACAAUAUCAGAACUAAGUGGAUCACAGUCUUUGCCUGUGAUGACAUCACAGUCAAAUUCUGGCCGAAGAAGGACUAUUCAACCUGGUGAAAGUCUAUCUGGAGCUGAGUUAGAGCUACUAAGAAAAGUUGCAGCUAAAGCAAUCUCACCUGAAUCUCAAAAAAUCAUUAUAGAAUCUCACAAGAAAGAUGUGGAUCCAGAACCAAAAUUAAUUGAAAGAGAAUUACUCAAAAUGAUAGAUACCCCAAAGACUGAAGAAAUAUGCAAGAAGUAUAAAAUGACAAAAGAAAAAUAUACUCAAAAGCAAAUAUUGGCAAGAAAGCUUUCAAAAGAAAUUGGAAGCAGCCAGUCACAGCUUAAAGAACUGAUAAAUCUGUGUAUAGCCAAAGAGAGACUGAUAAGUGAUUUGUCAAAAUCAAUGAGCCAUACACAAAAUAAGCAUUAUUCUGAUAAAAUAGAGAGUAGUUUAAUUGACCAAGACACAAUGCGAGAGAUAAAGAGGCAUGAAACAAACCUCAAAACUUAUAAAAAACAAAUUGAGCAAAUCAAAAGACAAAUAAAGAAAGAUGAAAAACGUAAAAAUACGUUAGAUGUAGAGCUAGUUAAAGAUAAGUUGAAGCUGGAUGAACUUUCAGACACUUCAGUAGACAUUAAAGACAGGAAAACACACUCACUUAAACACUUUACACAUAGAAUUACUCAAUUAGACAGUAUUUUGAAAGAAAAGACUAAUGAUUUGGAAACAUUAGAGAUGUCCAAAGAAAAGGAAUUAUUGUUAAGGAAAGAAAUCAAAAACUUGAGGAAGACCAGGGAAUGUCUGCAUGAACAGAGGUGCAGUUUAGGCCAUAAGCGAAAGAUUUAUAAAUCACUGUCAGAUUCCGAGGAACGCAAACUAUUAGAAUGUGAAGAAGCAAUAGAAGCAAUAGAUACGGCGAUAGAAUACAAAAACAAUUUAAUUUGUGGCAAAUCACCAUCAGCUUCUCUGUCAGAUUCUCAAGAUAACAAGGACUCGAGGAGUAGAGGGGAACAAAUGCUGAUGGCGCGGCUUGAUAAAUUGUCGCAUGAUGAAAUGAAAACACUGCUUUAUAGGUAUUUCCAAAAGGUGGUAGAUUUGCGAGGAGCGUGCGCUGCGUUGGAGGCUGGCGUAGCCUCUGCUAGCGAAGAGGCCGCUGUAUGGCGCGCCCGCGCCGCUGCGGCUUGGAGACACGCGCAGCGAUUGAGACCACAUGCUCAUUCCAGGCACUUCCAGUCUAUUCACAGAUGCUUGGACGGGGGAAACGCAGAAAGGGCCCUUUCUUUAGGCAUCACAACUGAUUCAGAGACAUCUGAUGAUGCCAUGAGAUUAGUUGAUCGCAUGAAGCAGCAGCUUGCACGAUGCCCAGCACCGCCUGUCAUACCUAGUCAAAAUUUGCGGCAGCUGAUGCCAGCAACGAAUCUUCCAGUGGCCAAAGUGACAAAGGAGAAGAACAAGCUCAUCAUAGUACAACAAAAUAAAAAGCACUGAUAUUUGUACAUACUUUUAUUUGCAGUUAUCAAUUCAGUUUUAUUAUUCAUCUUUAUAAAAUAUCUAAUGUUGUUUAUUGAAGUAACAAUGUAGCCAUAGUUUGUAUUAUGCAUUCUACUUUUACUAAACUACUCUAUAUAACAUCACAUUUUUUGCAUUUUGCAAUGUGUAAAUACUUUUAUUCGAUUUUGAAUUUUUUGUAUAUACUUUUGCCAAUUAUAUUCUACUCGCUAAGUGUAUAAAAAUAUAUUCCUUUUUGUUAUACAUUCAACUAAAUUCGAGCAUUUCAAAAUACGAGAUUAGACGUGUACAUAAUAUUCUAAAUGAAAUAUAAAAAUAAAUUGAUUGAUCUAAGUUUUAUUUUAUCUACAACAUAUUUACACUAGACGAAAAAUAACUCAUGAUUGGAAAUUCCAGGGUAUGCACAAUAUCCCUUCUGAUAAAACAGAAUAGUAAUGUGUUAUAAAAAGCACUGUUCCAUGAAGUUUCUGAAACAAGAAAGAAAUACGACCGUUAUGAUUAUAGCUUUAGUGUCAAUAGAAAUAAAAAUAGAAAUUGGGUAUUUUUCAGUGAACAAUAAAUUAUUUAUACUUUUCAAUACAGUAAAAUGUCCAAAAUCAUUUACAAAUUCAUUAAGUUUUCACUAUAAUUAUAAUCUUCUAGCAAAUUUUUAUGAGGACUAAAUUGCCAUUUCACUUAAAUACACGAUGUCACUUCGUCCAAAUUAUAUAUAUUUAUUAAACUUAUUUCAAUAAAUUAAAUUAUUGAAUUUGAUGAGUUGCAAAAUACUGUAUUCAUCUUAUACCAGUGAUGAAAAUAUCGAAUAUAAAAAAUGUGGCGUUCUGGACAUUGGUGGUGGUGGUGGUUGAAGGUGACUCAAUCCCACUCCUUUCCAUCUCUAAUGAUUGUUUAUUAUCAGGGGAACCGCCCAGUUAGCGUUCAAUAACAGGCAAUAAAAAUAUCUCAGAACAUAAUUAUAUAUAUUCAUAUUUACCACAUGUAGCUGUUCGCUUCGCGUCAGCAACCUUUGGCAACAUGAAAUCAUAUAAGCUGGUGUGAUGCUAUCAUCCUUUCGAAGAUCCAGUAGACCGAACCUUUUGACAACUUCUUUGUGAAGUGCCUUCUCCACAUGCUUAUUU